CUGAUAACUCGUUUAUUCAGCUUGCAGCAACCGCGAUAUCAAAUACUCAACUCUCGCAUGCUACUCUUCCCAGUGCUAUCGCGGUGCAUGCUACUAAAAGAACUCGGAACGACUUCGAAGAAGUCAGGACCGAGCAGAGAAUUUGGCAAGUUAAGCAACGUCCAGGCUUACAACUUUUGGCACCAUGUAGGCUUAUUCGCAAUAAGCCCGGCAAAAUUUCGUCUCGUUGUAUUGUGCCAAGGCCUUCUGCAGCUUCGAAAAUUUCAGUAAAAUUUACUGACCCGCAAUUUAGCUGUGGCGAAUUAGACCGUCACAUCCAGCACGCCGGUGAAACGGCAUAUCUUACG